AUGCAAAUUUUUUUAUCAAUUUUAUCUCGUACAAAAAUCAAAUUUUAUAAUAAUGAUAUACGAACUUCUCCAGCAACAGAAUUAUCAGACGUUUGUGAUGGAGCAGUUUAUAGAAAACUUGCUCGAACUCAGCGUGAUUCUUUUAUUACACUCACAUUAAACAUUGAUGGAAUAUCAAUUUUUCAAUCAAGCAAUCGAUCUAUUUGGAUAUUUACUGCUGCAAUCAAUGAAAUUGCUCGUCAAGAUCGAUUAAAAUUAAAUAACAUGCUAAUUUUGGCUAUUUCUUCGAGCCUUUGUAAGCCGUCCAAGGCACAAAUGCAGUCAAUGCUUAAACCUAUUGUUCAAAAUUUAAAAAGAAUUGAAAAUGGAAUUAGUUUUAGCACUCCAGAUCAAGCAGCAGUUUGGGGAAGAGUUUUCUUAAUACUCAGCUGCAACGAUAAGCCAGCCCAAGCACUUCUUCAAAACCUUGGAGAGCCUCAUGGACGCUUUGGAUGUGGCGAUAAAGUUUCUACUGGUAAAACUACGAUACGUGUAUUCCCAACAGCACCAACAAUCACCUAUAGUUUACGUACUAAUGAAUGGUACGAUCAAAUGAUCGAAACAGUUUGUAAACCAGAUGUUCGACAAAGAACAACUGAAGAUGAAAUCCUCGAAAUGUUGUGUGGUCAUAAAGGUUUUUGUCGUUUGCGAGAUUUGAGUAACUUUGAUAUUGGCCAGUCAUUUGCGAAUGACCCCUUACACAAUGUUUACCACGGCGUAUUUCGACGCAUUCUUGUACCUCUGUUUGAUGAUAAAUAUGCUAAACAAAAGUGA